AUGGAUAGAAACUCGUGUCUUAAGUUCCUUAACGACUCAGGCUCUAAGGUCUCGAUAAUCCCUAAGUCAAUUUUCAGGAAGCCUCGACUUUCAGGAAGACUCACUCUCCAUGCGGCUAAUCUCUAUCCCAUAAAGACUUAUGGGACGCACGAUAUGGCAUUGAACUUGGGCCUUCGCAGAGUCUUCAUAUGGCCUUUCAUCAUAGUAGAGAUGUCCACUCCAAUCAUCGGCGCAGACCUGCUGAGUGACACUGGGCUUUUGGUAGACAUUAGGAACAAGAAGCUCAUCGACUCAGUCACCAAGCUCUGCGCUGCUGGCACCCUGUCCCUGGCCAAACUAUACAGCAUCUCAGCUGUGCUAAGUCUGUCAACACCAGGACCAUUCAGCCAAGCAUACGAUACCUUGCUUCGUACAUUUAUGGACAUUGCUGCCCCGGAUAGCACUACUGCUUCUCUGCGAGACCUGCCUAUCAAGCACAGCAUCGUGACCACUGGCCCUCCAGUGUUUAAGCGUCCAAGAUGA